GCCGCGGUCAAGAAUAAACUUAUUUCCUGAUAAUUAUUACUUGCCUCCAUAUAGACAAUGAGAUCAGCUCAGUACAUGUACACAGUCGAGUCAAGUAGCAUCUGCAAGGCGCUGAGUUGUUGUUAGCUAGCUAUAAUCUCCUAUGAAAAGAGAAUUCAAUUAACUGGAAUGACAAUGGUUCCUCUGAGUCUCUGUGGUCUGCUGCUGAUACUACCACUAACCUCACUAGCACAGGAAUGUGACUUACCAGGUGACAGUGCUAUGACCGACCACUACGUCAAACCUAAUCUAACGUGCACCGACAACGGAUUAAGAAUUCAACUUUAUCAUGACUACUACCCUGCUGAUGAAUACGAUCUUCGUGAUUCUCGUAUUCAGUUAUUCUACAAGUGUCACAGCCCCUCAGGAAACGUCAAAAAUGACACGGUGCCUAAUAGUGAGAGAACUCGUCUUGAUGGCUUUGUCUAUCAUGUUCCCCUCUCUCCACCGUUCACUAGUGUUUCGGCUCUCUGUUUCGUGUGGGGCUGUUACGAAGUCAGUACGACAGACAGUAUUUUUGAACAUUACCUUAUUAACAAUGUCACUUGUGAAUAUAAAGCACCAGUGACAGAGCCUACCACAGAGCCUACUGUUCCCGAUGCCACAAAUCCUCCGCUUAUUGUUUCUGAUCCUUAUUCUAGCUCCAUUCUCAUUCCAUCUCCAACAGGCACUGUUCCAGCACCCACAGGGACUAUACCCACUCCAACAACAACCCCCCUACCUACUGACUCCUCAGCUGGCAAUAUUUCAGCUGUGGUCGUUGUUGUGGUGAUCUUGGCUCUGGCUGUGGUGUGUGUUUUAGUGCUGCUGGGUAUCAUCCUUAGGUUCCAGCAGGUGCAGAGGCGGAAGAACUAUCUGAUGAGAUACUACAACUAUUCUGAGCCCAUUGACCCCUACUUCAGUCCAAUCGACAUCAAUGCUAAAGUGAAGGUAGCUGUCUCCGUUGUGAGUGUGUUCGAUACGUUCCUCCCGAACCCCCCUCCUCCUGACUCAACUGAUGAUGAUCGAUCAGAAGUGCUUCAGGGAAUGAACCCCAACAGUGACAGCUCCUCCGUCCAGUCUGUCCAAUUUAUGGGCCAUACUACAGUCAACAAUAAUACGAUGGAGCCACCCCCUGAGUCUACCAAAGAGAAGCGAAGACCUUCAGUUGAUGAUUUGAAUAAAGAGCCAAAUCAGAAAGAUGCUCCUCGUGAAAGCGACUAUGAGUCCUAUAAUUAUUUGCCAGUGAAAAACAAUCCAGGAUAUGUCAUUGGAAACUUUCAGCCUUCCACAAUUCCCGUACAAGGUGUGCAGCAGCAGCAGGAGCAUGGAGACUACAUACCACACGCGGACAUGACUCGCACGACUCCAAGGACCCUGUAUUGGAAUCAAAACAGGGGUGAACCAAAACCGUACCAAUUUCGAACACAAUUAAGCAGCUCGGCCAGCAGUGGCUAUGUAACUGAUGUGACUACUACACCAGCUUCCGAUUACUACAAGCCCCUAAUGACCCCUGACCCUGGAAUGAGCGCAAUGAAGCACCUCCCCUCACACCUGCUGCAGACUGAGUAUCCGGUGUUUGAUUCAACACAGACCAUAGACGAAGUGUUGAGCGAGGAAGAUGAUGCUGACUCGGUCGGGUACAACCUUGAUGAGGGCGGGGAAUUUGAUGCGAUCAGUGGUGUGUCCGAGGAUAAGUAUGUUGAGAGCGUCUUUGCUGAGUGCAGCCUAUCGUUGAACCCCUCCCAUUUUGAACCCAUCAACUACGAUGAGUUAGUAGAACCAACAAGCCCAACCUACGUCAACACAACACCAGGAGCAGAACUCUAUCAUUCACAACUAAAUGACGUAUAUUGAACUUCACAUAAUUAUUUUCAUAUCCUCCAAACUCAUCAAUCUUACUAUGUAUACAAUCAGGAGACAAUUGUACGUUGUGCGUGACGUCACGUUCUCACGAUAUCUUGUUGCAAUAAUGCGUGGCAAAUAAUUUGAAAA